AUUUAGAACACAUCUGUGAGCCAGAUUUACUUCUUAGCAAUAAUAAUAAAACAGUGAGCAGUCGCCUGGGUUCAGGUAAUGGCUUGUAUGAGCUCCCAGACCUUUUUAGAACAACUUAGGCUUCAGUGGUUCCUAAAACGUGGGGGUGGAGGGUGGGGUGGGGAAGAAAGCAUGCCGGGCAGUGGAAGAUUGCAGAGACGCAGCCUUUCCUUCCCAGUCGAAAUAGAAGUAUUUGAAGGGAGGCUCAAGCCAGGGGCCUUGCUCUAACGAGUCACCUACCCGGUCUCUGCUGGUCAGCUGGUGUUGUUAGGAUGGAAAUGAGCUGGGGUUGCCAGAUUUGGCAAAUACAGAAACAGGACGUCCAGGAGCAUUGAAGCUUCGGAUGAACAACGGAAAAGGUUUUGGUUCAUAGGCACCGCAGCAGGCAUCAUGGCCGUGGAUGUGGCAGAAUACCAUCUGAGCGUCAUCAAGAGCCCCCCUGGCUGGGAGGUGGGUGUCUAUGCUGCAGGGGCCCUGGCCCUGCUGGGAAUCGCCGCUGUGAGCCUGUGGAAGCUCUGGACGUCGGGGAGCUUCCCCAGCCCCUCUCCGUUUCCCAAUUACGACUACAGGUACCUUCAGCAGAAAUAUGGCGAGAGUGGCGCAGAGGCCAGGCAGAAGAGAGUGCCUGCCUGGAAUACCCAGCGGGGCAGCACGCGGGGAACACCCAGCCGUAAAGGCAGCCUCAGCAUGGAGGACACCUUCGAGAGCAUCAGUGAACUGGGGCCCCUGGAGCUGAUGGGCCGGGAGUUGGACCUGGCGCCCUAUGGGACCCUCCGGAAGUCCCAGUCAGCUGACUCCCUGAACUCCAUCUCCUCCGUGAGCAAUACCUUUGGGCAGGAUUUCACACUGGGCCAGGUGGAGGUGAGCAUGGACUACGAAGCCACCUCCCACACCCUGCACGUGGCGGUGCUGCAGGGCAAGGACCUCCUGGAGCGGGAGGAGGCCAGCUUCGAGUCCUGCUUCAUGCGCGUCAGCCUGCUGCCCGACGAGCAGAUUGUGGGCAUUUCCCGGAUCCAGAGGAAUGCCUACUCCAUCUUUUUCGAUGAGAAGUUCUCCAUCCCCCUGGAUCCCACCGCCCUGGAGGAGAAGAGCCUGCGGUUUUCUGUAUUUGGCAUUGACGAGGAUGAGCGGAACGUCAGCACGGGGGUGGUGGAGCUGAAGCUUUCUGUGCUUGACCUCCCACUGCAGCCCUUCAGCGGCUGGCUCUAUUUACAGGACCAGAACAAGGCUGCCGACGCUGUGGGGGAGAUCCUGCUCUCCCUCAGCUACCUCCCCACAGCUGAGCGCCUCACCGUGGUCGUGGUUAAGGCCAAGAAUCUCAUCUGGACCAGUGACAAGACCACAGCGGACCCCUUCGUCAAGGUAUACCUGCUGCAGGAUGGGAGGAAGAUGAGCAAAAAGAAGACAGCUGUGAAAAGGGACGACCCUAACCCGGUGUUCAACGAAGCCAUGAUCUUCUCGGUGCCAGCCAUUGUGCUCCAGGACCUGUCUCUCCGUGUGACAGUGGCUGAGAGCAGCAUCGACGGCCGUGGGGACAACGUGGGCCAUGUCAUCAUUGGGCCGUCGGCCAGCGGCAUGGGAACCACACACUGGAACCAGAUGUUGGCCACGCUGCGCAGGCCCGUGUCCAUGUGGCACACUGUCCGGCGAAACUAGCAACCAGGGCGGGCCAGGUGGGCAGCAGAGCUGCCGGAGCCUGGCACCCACUCGGCUCUGUCUGAUGCCCUCUUCAUAGCCCAGCUGGAGCCAUGAACACUGGGGUCCCCUGGCAGAGUCCUCAUGAGCCAUCCUGGUCUCUCUGUCCAGAUUGCAGCAGAGGAGUGAGCGUGGCUCUGUGUCCGGGACCCCAGGGUCUUCUCCCGAUGAGGACCAGCUGUCCUGGGCCAGGACCGAGGGAGGCUCUGAGCACUGGACAGCUGUGUUCCAUCUCAAGCUCCCCCAACCCUGCUCCUCCUGGGAGGCCAGCUGCCGAGCCAGGCUAUGUUCUGGAAUCCAGCGAAUCUUGGGGGCCAGGCACCGUGCUGGGUAACAUGAAUGAGACGCAGCCCCUAGGACAUCAGGCAGACAAGCUCCCCUUCCCCAGAGGAUGUGUGCAGUGCUGAUGGUGACCCAGCUGUGUGGACUCAGGAGGCUCUGAAGGCUGGGGAACAGGGAGGUUCUCUUUGACGAUGUAGGAGCUGCAUUUGGAGGGACAGGGAAAGAACCGAGCAUGUCCCAGGCAGUGGGCCCAGCCUAAGCAAUGGCAGGAUGUGAACUUUCCCAUUGUACAUGCAGUCCUCAGCCCACUGCAGCGGAUACAAGGAAGGGCCUCUCUCUGGGGCAGAGAAGAGACCAAGAGACCAGGCCCAGGCAGAAGCCCGCCAGCCACGUGGAACACUGGCUCCGGAGUUAUUCUAUGAAAUCUACUCCCCAGACCUCAACUAUGGCAAGAGCCAGAGGUCCAAAGAGGCCCAGCCCCAGGUCCUUGUGCUCAGUCCUUCACAAACCAGGCCCAGGGCUGCAAGCAUUCAUUGAUGCCCUUCCAGGCCAGGUCCACUGGGGGGAAGAUGCCUCAGGCAGGUCUCAGCUGGGGUGGGGGGGUGGCAGGGGCGGGGCAGAGGGAAUACUGGCAGCUGCAGGCACCUGGGAAGAUGUGGUGGCCAAGGAGACCCUCAGGCUGGGCCUUGGAGAGGUGGCGGGAAAGGACAGUUCAGGUGGCUGAGGCCCGAUGGGAAGCUAGGGGAGGCCAGGGUGGAAGGGCAGCUUGAGGGACACCCGGAGAAGACAGAGGGCCAGACUACGAAGGAGGUGGCUCUCGAUCAUGGGUGGUGCCCCUGACACUGGGUGUCCUCCGGUGAGUUCCCUAGAAGCGAAACCUGAGAUGGAAAUUCUUGGGCCAGUGGGUUCUUGUGGGUGAGUGCUCUCAGAGAAACUUACCAGAGAAAGAAAGGGAGCCCAGGCUGGAGGGAGGAAGCCAAUAAAGUUGUGGCUUCCAGAUCCAUCUGCCUUGGCCUGAUUGCUGUGGAGGCAGGGGCCUGGAGUUCGAGGGGCACCCUGGGGGGGUCCCGCCCAGAAGGAGAGGGACUGGGGUAUUGCACCCCUACAGGCGUCUAUCUUUGGUUACCCCCAGCCCGAAUAGGAUGAGGGCAGGCAGAGCUCAUCUCCCCAGCCUGGCAUCCCGCAGUCCAGGAAGCAGCUUCCUGCCUUCACGGCUGAGUGCUGGGAGGUCUGAGUUCACCCAGGCCAACACGUCAGGGAGCAUCUGCUCUGUGAGGCCAUACACAGGUGACAGUAUGGACCCUCAGGCUGGAUGCCCCUGUUCCUUGCUCCAUAACUGGUGAGCUAUGGAGACCCAGGUCAACCAGUUAUCCCCAGUGAUAUAGAGGAAGGAAGGGCUAGAACAGGGGCCCAGGGGACUGGAGGUAGGAUGGUAGCUCACCCCACUUGACAUAGCCAGGGCCCAACCCCAAGUUCAGGCUUCUACCCUGUGGCCACAGCAGAAGGUCAGCCUAGGGCCAGGAGACACAUGGCUGGGCAAAGCUUUGCAGCCUGGGAGACCCUGACUCUCUCUAACCCAGUGGCUGUGUGGUGCGGUCCACUGACUCCCCACUUCCCACUGUCUCCCCUCUCUCCCUCCCCCUAACUGCAUGACAUGUUAACUGUGCGCCCAGGAUGGCCGUGGUGGGGACCGGGUAUGCCGACUGGAAUGAUUCUAGAACCAAAAUAAAGCUGGGGUAGGAAGAGGGGGCUUCUGGGGAGCCCUGCUCAACCCUGAAUCAA